CUGACAGACAUGUGCCAGUCAACAUCUCACACGCUCAUGGAUGGCCAACUUAAAGAUAACCUAAAGCAGGUCAUACAUAGCACUUUGAGCUGGCGUCUCCGAAUUCAAGUGAAAUUCUCAAAUAUCUACAUCGUCUCGAUCCACCUUAUCGACUUACGACACGCGGAGGAGAAACUCGUCUCGCAAGCUGCCGCCGGACCAGGUAUCGCAUUCUUAUCGGGGAGAACUUCGCCAUUGAGAACCACAUAAAAUGCACGUGUGAGUGGUAGUUGUACAAAUGUAAACCACCAAGUUUAAGUGAGCGUUUCUUUCGCGCGGUCCACGCGACAAUUGAAAGGCGUGGAAAUGUUUCGGUUAACAGUAGAUCUCUGAAAUAGCUCUCCAUCAUCCUUUGAAACGCGGUCGUAUGUUAAUCCUUCCCAUAUUAUGCCGUGCGACUGAGGUGAAGGAAUUAUUUCAUUCUUGCCUUUAUUAUGUAGACAGAUGUGUUCCCCUCUACCUUUAUGUGUUAAACUCUUGAUAUUGCCCCACAUACGCUGGUGUCUAGUUAAUUGGGCUGUGGGUCAUUUGAUCGCCCCAUCAUUCAGAUGCAGAUGCAUGCCUAUUUCACUUUGACCAGACAUACCCCGUCACAGCUUUGACAAACGCAAGAAGAUACAUGAACUUCGUAGUAGUGAAGGAAAUGCGGUUUAUAGUCGUGUGCUAACUGCAAGAAACACCUAAGUGAUGGUAUUAAAUUGAUGCAGAGUCAAGUAGGUAUAGUAUUUGUAUGAUAGUUAAGAAGAAGGGAACGAAUUGGUAUGCCAAUUGUUUAUCAUAACAGGGGUCGAUACAAAUCGAGAAAAUGAAUGAUUCAGUCAUAAGUUGGCGGACCUUUGGCGAUGAUGAUCAGAUGACUGACUUGCUAAAGCGCAUCACAUCUGUCCUGAGUCAGCAAGUCCCUCUCGGUCUGAUGGUGGUGGGCGUUACUGGCAACAUUCUCUCCUUUGUCUUACUCUCGCAAACUCAGUACAGAUCGUCUUCUACCUGCCUCUACAUGAGGGCACUGGCAGUAUCUGAUUCAUGUUAUCUAAUUUUUAAAAUCGGAAGAACAGUGGCCAUUAUUUUAUUUGAUAGUUUGGUCCAAUCGUUUAUCUUCUGCUCAGGGAUGUUUGCCGUUGUUCAUACCUUCGCCUCGGUGUCAUCGAUCCUCCUCGCCGCGAUGUCUCUUGAUCGACUCAUCGCGGUUGCUGUUCCUUUAAAAGCGAAGAUUUUGUGCAGCAUUCGUAGAGCCAGAAUCACCAUCUUUGCAUCUCUCGUUGUAAACAUUCUGAUAUACACGACUGUGAACUUCUUUAGACAACGUCGAAGUUACACAAAGAUUACUCAGUCAUGUUUGUACGCACUCCCUGGCAAUCUUGGUUCCUACUAUGCCCAUUUAAGACUCAUUGCUGUGUAUUACAUUCCACUUGGAAUAAUGUUUGUAGCCAAUGUUGGUAUCAUUUGCGUGAUAUUGAGACGUCAAGGUAAAACGUCAAAACUCCAUCAACAAGACGACUCUGGUAAGAAAAGCAAAGAUGGUUACAUCACGGUCAUGUUGCUGACGGUAUCAAUAAGUUCGUUUGUAUUUCUGUUCCCCAAUAAAGCUAUGAAUAUUUACUACAGCAGCGUGAGGGGGAAACUGGACCCUCGAUCAAUUGUUCUAAGAGAUAUGAUAUCUUCAGUUACGACUCUUCUUCUCUAUUGCAAUUAUGGCAUGAACUUUUACGCGUACACGCUACCGAUAGCGAAAUUCCGCACAGAAUUACUUGGUCUGUUCUGCCUUGUCUGUACAAGAAGGAAAUGAAGUAAGCAAUCUUGAAGACGCGCCAUUAUGUAUACAUUCGAGGCUUAAGUGAAAACUCCAUUCAUACAUGCACAUGUAGUCGACGUUUUUAUGUGACGUUUUGUGUUUGGGACGAAUGGCAGCUUUGAUAGGCCCUCCAUCAAAGUGGCAACCACACAAGAAAUUCUCAACGAAUUCAACAUCGUGGUAAUCUGAAGCUUGUGUGAAAUAAAAAUGUCGCUCUAUUUCACACAAGGCUCAUAUCGCCAGAGCCUGGCUAUUACAGGCGAAGAAAAUCUCCACUCUAGCAUGAAAACCUCUGUGGUUCAACGGUUAGAAUGACUUCAGGACUUUCGGUCUGGUGGUCACGGGUUCGACUCCCCGUGUAUCAUUCAUGUACUAAUAGCAGUAAUAAUGAUAAUAAUGAUAAUAAUAAUUCUAUUAUCUAUAUGAUUUUUAUCUUGAAACCCCCUGAACCCGAACUACAUAAGCGUAAGAGAAGUACUAAACCCUGGAACAAUUCUCCUUUACUCAA